AGUUACACUGGCUUCUGUUUAUACGUUUGGUGGUAGGAGUAAUAGUAAGAAUAACUGUGGGAAGUGGUAUCGAGUAAGUGCUUAUCUGCCAGAUAUUGAUCUAAGCACUGGGGAAGCUACAAGCUAGUCAGAUGAUGGCCUUCCAGAAGCUAUCAGAGAAGAGUCAAGCCGGCUCACCAAGGAACAGGUUUUCACUCUAAUAGCGACAGCGUCCAUAAAUUUUGGGUCCAUGAUCUGCUACUCCAUCCUGGGACCCUUCUUCCCAAAGGAGGCUGAAAAAAAGGGUGCCAGUAACACAGUCAUUGGUAUGAUCUUUGGAUGCUUUGCUUUGUUCAACUUGCUGGCAUCUUUGAUAUUUGGAAAAUAUCUUGUUCACAUUGGAGCAAAAUUCAUGUUUGUGGCGGGAAUGUUUGUGUCCGGAGGAGUGACUAUUCUUUUUGGGCUUUUGGACCGAGCACCCAACGGACCCGUCUUCAUUGCCAUGUGCUUUGUGGUGAGAACAGCAGAUGCCAUAAGCUUUGCCGCGGCAUUAACGGCCUCAUUCUCCAUCCUUGCAAAGGCCUUCCCAAAUAAUGUGGCCACCGUCCUGGGAAGUCUUGAAAUCUUUUCUGGGUUGGGACUGGUCCUGGGACCUCCAUUAGGUGGCUUCUUAUAUCAGUCCUUCGGCUAUGAGAUUCCUUUUAUUUUCCUCGGAUGCAUGGUGUUGUUAAUGGUGCCCCUGAACAUGUGUAUUUUACCCAGUUACGAGUCCGUUCCCAGUGAGCACUCUUUCUGGAAGCUUGUGACGCUCCCCAAAAUCAGCCUCAUCUCUCUUGUCAUCGUUUCACUGAGCGGAUGUUUUGCUUUCUUGGACCCUACUCUGUCUCUCUUCGUUUUGGAGAAAUUUCACUUGCCAGCUGGCUAUGUGGGACUGGUCUUCCUGGGGUUGGCCCUGUCUUACUCUAUUUCUUCACCGCUCUUUGGGCUGUUAAGUGAUAAAAUGCCGCCCCUAAGGAAAUGGCUGCUGGUGUUUGGAAACUUAAUCACAGCGUCGUGCUAUUUCCUCUUGGGUCCGGCUCCAAUCUUCCAUCUGGAAAGUCAACUCUGGCUGUUUGUGCUGCUACUGGUUGUGAAUGGCGUCUCUGCUGGAAUGAGUAUUAUCCCCACCUUUCCAGAAGUCCUCAGUUGUGCAUAUGAAAAUGGGUUUGAAGAAGGAUUAAGCACUCUGGGACUUGUUUCCGGGCUUUUUGGUGCAAUGUGGUCUCUUGGUGGUUUUAUAGGACCAACGCUCGGUGGAUUCUUCUUUGAGAAAUAUGGCUUUGAAUGGGCAGCAGCCAUCCAAGGUCUCUGGGCUCUGGCAAGCGGCCUGGUGAUGGGACUCUUUUAUAUCUUGGAACAUUUCCAGAGAAGAAAAAGUAAAUCUGGAUUACAAAUGGUUCCCAGCACAGAGGAAGAGCAAGCUUAUCUUUUGCCUGGUGAAAUGUAGCCAAAAAUAUUCUGCAUUAAUAUAGUGCACUGAAGAUCUCAUCCGGAGGCUGCUGUCCCAGGCGGCUUUGGAAAUCUUUCCCGAACACGCGCUCCAUUGAGACUCACUCCUAGUACUCGGGGAAUCCUUUAACACUAAGUGUCUUCCAGAUCUUCCUGCAUUUGGUUAAAUUUGCAAAUUCUGGGAAUCUGCCCUGUCUCCUGCUCUGGAUGUACAGAUGUGGGAAGAAAUGAUCUAUAUGCCACAAUGUCAAGCAUGCACUGUUGCUGUUUGAAAUGAAUGUCAAAAUGUCCAGCCCCGAGUUUGAAGGUAUUGUUGGUCAGGUUUGGCAUCUUGCUACUUUGAUGCACUGAUUCUGGGAAUAGUUUUUCAGGGGGUGAGGGUGGGAAAGGGAUGUUGUGUCAAAUCAGAAUACUUCAGAUAAUAUGACGUUAACUUAAUAAUGAAAAAAACGAAUGUUAUAACCAGUUGAAUAAAAACAA